GAAUUUAAUAUUCUUUUCCAUUAUUUGCGGAAAAGGAAAUAAAUAUUUAUAUUAUAUUGUGAAAUGAUGUGGUCUCGUUGCCGCAUAUAGACGCCCUUUUUUAUAUAUAAACACAGCACAAGCUUUGUGCAGGGAAGAAGAGAGAGAGGGAGAGAGAGAGAGAGGAGAGAGGUGGAAUUAGGGUUUGGAAGAAGAUGAGUACGUUUUAUAAAAGAGCGACCAGUGUGUUUACGAAGCAUCCUGUUGUGACAAAGUUAUUGGUUGUUGCUACUGUCAGUAGUGGAGGUGUGGUGGUUUAUUCUGGGGCCAGACCAUUCAAUGGAGCGUAUGCCGAUGCUGGUCAUGCUGCUGGAAAGCGUGUCAACAAAAAGAAAGUGGUUGUUCUUGGAACUGGAUGGGCAAGCACUUCCUUUCUCAAAAAUUUGAAGGAUCCUUCGUAUGAAGUUCAAAUAGUUUCACCACGUAAUUAUUUUGCAUUUACUCCUCUGUUGCCUAGCGUGACAGUCGGGACAGUUGAAGCUCGUAGUAUUGUUGAGCCAGUUCGUAGUAUUGCAAAUUCGAAUGGUCUAGACGUGGAAUACAGGGAAGCUGAAUGCUUUAAGAUUGACGCUGAGAACAAGAAAGUCCUUUGUAGAUCUACUCAAGAUUCAAAAGUGGGUAAAAAAGAAGAAUUUGAAGUAGACUAUGACUACUUGGUGGUAGCAAUGGGAGCACAAGUAAAUACUUUCAAUAUCCCCGGCGUUGUUGAGAACACUCACUUUUUGAAGGAAGUUGAGGAUGCACAGAGGAUUCGGAGGAGUGUGAUUGACUGUUUUGAACGGGCUAGCCUUCCGAGUGUAUCUGAUAAAGAGAGGGAGAGAAUCCUUCAUUUUGUAGUUGUCGGUGGUGGUCCGACAGGAGUGGAGUUUGCAGCAGAGCUUCAUGACUUUGUGCAUGAAGAUUUAGCCAAGUUGUAUCCCACUCUAAAACAAUAUGUGAAGAUUACUCUUCUAGAGGCCACUGAUCACAUAUUGACUAUGUUUGACAAAAGGAUUACUGAAUUUGCUGAAGAUAAAUUCAAAAGAGAUGGAAUUGAACUAAAAACUGGAUCUGUAGUUAUGAAAGUAACCGAUAAGGACAUAUCUACCAAAGAAAGAUCUACAGGAGAAAUCCAGUCCAUACCAUAUGGUAUGGUUGUCUGGUCAACUGGUAUAGGUUCUCGACCUGUUGUUUUGGAUUUCAUGAAGCAAAUUGGUCAGGGUAACAGGAGAGUUUUGGCAACUGAUGAAUGGUUACGAGUUCAAGGAACUCAGAGCAUAUAUGCUUUAGGUGAUUGUGCAACAAUAAAUCAACGUAAAGUGAUGGAUGAUAUUGACAAAAUAUUCAAGAAGGCUGAUAAGAAAGGACAAGGCUCCCUUAAAGUGGAUGAUUUCAAAGAAGUCGUUAAUGAUAUCAUAGAGAGGUAUCCUCAAGUCGAGCUGUAUUUGAAGAAAAAGCAAUUGAACAAUUUUGUUCAGUUGUUGAAGAAUUCUCAGGCGGACGAAGAGUUAGAUAUUGAAAAGUUCAAAUCAGCUCUUUCUGAAGUGGACUCGCAGAUGAAAAUGCUUCCCGCAACUGCACAGGUGGCUGCUCAAGAAGGCAAAUACCUUGCUACCUGUUUCAAUCGGAUGGAGGAAUGUGAAAGGAAUCCGGAAGGUCCAGGAAGGUUUAGGGAAGAAGGUCGUCACAGAUUUAAACCAUUUAGGUAUAAACAUUUGGGGCAAUUUGCUCCGUUAGGGGGAGAGCAAACUGCCGCGCAAUUUCAGCUUCCCUGGGAUUGGGUAUCAAUUGGACACGGCAGUCAGUGGUUGUGGUACUCCGUGUAUGCAAGCAAGCAAGUCAGCUGGCGCACAAGAUUCUUAGUGGUGUCGGACUGGGGUAGAAGAUUCAUUUUCGGAAGAGACUCCAGCAGGAUCUGAUAUUAUUGAGAAGCAUGUUUUUGGAAGUAUCAAAACAGUUUUGCCGAGAGCUCUUGUAGGUUUAAUAUAGGAGACAAAGUUGAGAUAUGUUAUUUAAAUUUUACUUGAUUUCAGAAUUAUUUGCAAGGUCUCUAAGACUUCACAAACACAGUUCAUUGCUUAUUUUGAUUAAACAUGUAUUCUCAUUCUUGCUAUUUGAAAGAAUCAUUUUUACCUAUGGAAA